AGGACGUCCCGUCGUCUCUGCGUGCCGACGUGGUUUCAGUUUGGAUGUUGGCGCGGGCAGAAGAAAUGGCGAGAACGGGAUGCUAACAAGACGGAGUUCCUGAGUCAAAUUGCCAUUGAGAGUUGGAAGAGAUCCUCAGGUAGAGACAAAGCGUAGCAGGCAGGGAGGAGAUGGAGCAGUAUAGCAGCAGGUUGUACUCAGGACAUCUGUCCCCGGCAGCCAAGAAGAUUCUUGCUGUUCUGCGGGCCCAGAGUCUGCAGACAGGCAGACGCAACCCCAGCUACUCCUACAAUCACAGGCAAAUAGUGGAGAGGUGUCAUGGCAGCCAGAGGGAGCUUUUGGCUCAGAGCAGCUGGAGCACGAGUCAGGAGGAGAGCAGAGAUAUGCACCGCUCAUGGUCCAGGCCCCAAGUGUCCUCCUUUUCAACCUCCGACCGUGACUUGAGCUUUCAGACCUCAGCCUGCUAUCAGUCCUCGCAGACAGCAGACUGCUGCCUGUCAUCCCCAGCCUCCUCCUGCUGGGAUCCCUCGUUCCAAAGUCAGGCGCCUCAGAAUGAAGCCUAUUAUCAGUUCUCACAGAUUUAUUCCCACAGAAAGUACUCUGAACCCCCUGCUUACCAGUCUAGUCAGUCUCUGCCUCUCACUCAGCAUGAGCUGACUGAGAAAGCAGCAUCAGUCUCCCAUAGAGACAGAUUCACCCCUUACCCCCAAACACCAGAGAGACUUAUUGAACAUCAAUCUUCAUCAUGGAUGGACUCCACUGAAGAAAUCAGGCCGUCUUUCAGCCACACGCUCUCUCCAGACGAUAGGGUUCUUGAUGAGGUAUUGCUCCCCACAGCAGUGCACCCUAGUACUGAUGAAGAGGAGCCUUCUUUUGCUCGUCACCCAGUUUCAUUCUGCCUUAAAAUAAGUAAGGAGACAGAUAGCAGCACAUCAGGCGAACGGGAAGAAAAGAAAGUUGCAGACAUUUGGAACAUCCGUAGAAAUGAACCCGAAGACUCCGAGGGUUCAGACAGGCAAGCAAAGUGGAAACUUCCUCUCUCUGACCCCACUGAGCAGGCUGCUCAUGCAGGAGAAGGUAGAGGCAAACUAUAUCAGCAACUGGAGUCUGAAAAAAGUAGAACUGGAGAGUUGCAUAGACUUUGCAGUUGCUCUGUAACAAGUCAUGAGACCUGCUGUGAUGCACUUUCAAACAAGCUGGUGAAAAAUAUAGUUGAGGUGAAAAUGGAUUUGGAGAAUAUGACUGGGGCCAGUGCAGGACAGCUUGUGAACACAGACCAUGAAAUUCAGGAUGUACUGAAUCAAGUUAUGUGGGAUGCAACCCUGCUAAAGGAGAAAGGAUUGGCCAAUGAAAUGGGAAGAGUUCAGCUCUUGGAAACCAAGAAGAACACUGGGUUGGAGCAGAUUUCAAACUUGUUAUCUACAAGUGACAUGGACAAAAUCUUUGACUGCGAUACUAAAGGAGAAAAGCUUGUGGAGAAAGAAGAGAAUUACUUUGAGUACAGACUUCAUACACCUGAAGAUGAACAUCCUCCUGGCAGUGAGAGCACAGAGAUAUCAGUGGGGUUUCAUACUGUCAGUCCCAAAAAGAUCUCAAGGGACGACAAGGUGAGCCACUGCCAAGCUAAAGACACUCAGGACAUGAAGCACCACACAGAAAGCUCAUUGAUGCAGCCUGAGACCAAAUUAGUCCAAGGUGACAACACCUCUGAUAACCUGGAGAGCACCGCAGAAGACAGAGUAGGUGUGCUGGAGGUCGGAGUGGAAGUGGAAGCAGAGGCGGACGCUGGCGCAAGCGUCGAAGAUAAGAUUGAGACAGGACCACACUUUUGUUCUGACCUCCAACUCAGAGAGACACAGUGUGAGGCAGAUGACAGAGAAGCCAGCGAGUUACAUGGAAGAGAAACUGUGUCAGGAGAGAGUGGGAUGGACAGAGAUGAGUCAGAGAGGCCACCUGGGAACACUGAUGAGUGUACAUCUACAGAGGACUCAGCUAGAGAAAGUGGUUCCUUGCCAAGAUUGUCCCAGGAGUGCAGGACAAAGAGGUCAGGGUUCAGAACUCCCUGUAUCCAGCAGCACUAUGACAGCGUACGUACUGCUAAUGGAAGCAUCAGAGGGAGCAGCUCAAGCGUGGCACUGGCCCCAACAAGCACUUAUGCUGCUGGACAAGUCUCCUCCUCGGUGCAGGAAUUGGCCUCAACUGCUAUUAAAGCAAGCAAAAAAAUGAAAAACCUAGAUGUACCUAAUUUGCUAAAUCCCCCUCCGCAGUUCCCUUCCUUCCCCUUAAAGAGGAAGCAUGAAAUACUUGAGCACAAUGAUGAUCGGCCUUCUCCUAAAAUCUCCCUGAUCAGGCAUCCUCCAAAAUGGGAGACACCUUAUUGCUCCCAAAAACAGGCAGGGGAAAAGGGAUUUAAUACAGUGAAGAGAACUUGGUCAGAAACACCCAUCUUUGAACUCCGAGAACCACAGGCUAAAGUCAGCCCAUCACACGAAACAGGAAUAGUUGUAGAGGUGAACAAAGGGACAUGUGCCACAAAGAAACCUCUACAGAUUUGUCAGGGAAAGGUGGAGGAAAAGUGCUGUGAAUCUACACAUGCCUCCAAAUGGACGCCAUCUUCUGUGACCUGCAAACCGCUUCAGCACAAGCGGGUCAAACUGGGGCCAGAGCAUGGAACAAAUGGACCAAAGAUAUCCCAUGAGGGGGCUAAUGGUGGUGGUGAGCUCCAGAACCAAUCCAAAGCGGGAUGUCUAACCGCAGCCCUGACAUCUGACCCCAGAGUAACGGACUGUGGGAAGCUGAACCCAGAAGAGAAGAUGCUAAUGCUCGAGAAAGCUGGGCACGCCAAAGCACUGGUGCUGACCUUGGUGUACCGGGACGGAACGACUCAGCUGGACUCAGAACAGAAGCUCACUCCAGCAGUGUGUGGCCUCCUCAUGCUCAUGAGGAACGAUCUUGACGGCAGAACACCAGAAGACCCGCUCGGGCAGAACGACAGUCUGGUCUACUUAAAACUGGAGCACACACCUGCAUGGGCCCAGCAACGCACACAGCAGAGCCGGGAACUCUUUACUAGAGAUAUGCUGCUACAAGUGCUAUCAAGGUCUCAACUGGUGGUUUGCUAUAAAGCUAAGGAUUUGCUUCGCACAGCUUUGCAGUUUUACGGACAAGAUCUCAGCUGGAAACAAGUGGCAGGCUGUCGUGUCCAGGACCCACAAGUGUCAGGGUGGCUGCUGGAUCCUGCAAAUCCCUCCUCCUGCUACCAGGACCUUUUCAAUAAACACUGCAAAAGAUCCCACACAACACCUGCCCUGGGUACCAAGAAGGUUACUCAGGUCAUCUCAGGUCUCUGUUCACUCUACCGGCUUAACGUGAUGCUGUGUUUUAAACUGCAGUGCCAGGGGCUGUGGGAGCUGUACUCGGACAUGGAGCUGAACAUGAUCUCUGUUCUGGCAGCCAUGGAGAGCCAUCGCAUCCAUGUGGACAAAGAAGCUCUUAGGAGAACUUCAGACCUGUUGGGGACUAAGAUGAAGCAGUUGGAGCAGGAGGCCCAUCGAGCAGCUGGACAAAUAUUCCUGGUCACCAGCAACACUCAGCUACGAACAGUUCUGUUUGAGAAGCUGUGCCUCCAGGAGCGCUGCGAGAACAAGAAACUCCCGAAGACCAUCAACAAACAACAGCAGUCAACAUCAGAAGCUGCAUUGUUGCAGCUUCAGGACCUGCACCCUCUGCCAAAGAUCAUACUAGAGUACAGACAGGUUCACAAAAUCAAAUCGACUUUUGUUGAUGGGAUCCUCUCACACAUGGCGAACAAGAACUACAUUUCCUCUACGUGGUACCAGACAAGUGUGGUGACAGGGAGAAUCUCAGCCAAGCACCCAAACUUCCAGGCCCUGCCGAGACAGCCACUUCAGAUCACCAAGAAGCAGUACAUCCAGGGAAAGGAGGAGGAGGUGGUGAGCGUUCAUCCUCGGGCAAUGUUUAUUCCUCAGCAAGGAUGGACCUUUCUCGCUGCAGACUUCUGCCAGGUGGAGCUGCGUCUGUUGGCUCACCUCUCCUCUGACCCUGAGCUGCUCCGCAUUUUCACCCACCCGCAGGUGGAUGUCUUUACCAUGUUGGCCUCUCAGUGGAAAGGGGUGAGCGAGGCCGAAGUGACUUCUGAGGAUCGGGAACAUUCCAAACGCAUCGUCUACUCUGUUGUGUACGGGGCAGGUCGCGAGCGUCUGUCAGGGAUCCUCGGGGUGAGCACUGAGCAGGCUAGCAGAUUUCAAGACAGCUUCCUCCAGACCUACAGAGAAGUCCAGGCCUUCAUCCAGAGGACCAUCCAGCAGUGCCACAAACAAGGUUAUGUGCUUUCCAUCAUGGGUCGCCGACGGACACUCCCUAACAUCAGCGCCCCCGAUUGGGGCAUCCGCAUGCAGGCAGAGAGGCAGGCGGUCAACUUCGUGGUCCAAGGUUCUGCCGCUGAUCUCUGUAAGAUGGCCAUGAUCAGAAUCUUCAACCUGGUUUCCUCCUCCAGCUCACUGUCUGCCAGGCUCAUCGCACAGCUCCACGAUGAGCUGCUGUACGAGGUGGAGGACUCCCAGGUGGAACAGUUUGCAGCUCUGGUGAAGAGCACGAUGGAGUCCCUUCAGCACAUAGACCACCUCGGAGUUCAUCUUAAGGUCCCCCUGAAGGUGGCGGUCUCCAGUGGCAAGUCAUGGGGCUCCAUGUCUGAGCUCAGCAUCCCUCCAACGUCUCCCUCUCCCUCUCUUUAAACCCCCCUCCCUCUCUCUUUAUGCUCUCUCUUUCACCGCCUCCCUUCUGUAUCGAAUAUGGUUUCUUUUCACUGCUCCAGACAUUUUCUCUGCUUGCUCUCACUCCCUCUUGGUGUGCUCUCAUCAGAGUUUCUUGUUCCAUUUCUCCCUCUCAGUCUGUCUCACCCUCUCCCUUCACUCGUCCUGCAUCCACAUUGCUAUGGAAACAGGCAGCUGCAGCUCCCUCCAGCUCCCACUUCUUCUCUGUCUCUCUCUCUCUCUCUCUCUCUCUCUCUCUCUCUCUCUCUCUCUCUCUUGCUCCAUCCUGCAAAAAAAGGUUACUUGUCCUCCUCCUCUCCUCCUCAGUUUUCACACUCUCUUGUUAAGACCAAUCCUGUUUUCUCUGCCUUGUUGCCAAGGUGAAGCUACAUGUUUUAUUUAUUGCUUCAUAAGACUGGCUUUCUAGUAUGUUUUAAAAGAAAGACGUAGCUGUUGAGCUACUCUAUACCUAAAAUAUAUUGUGUUCUAUAGAAAACGUGUUUGUACGUAUUGUUUGUGUGCUUUGUUCAUGCUGAAUAAAGCUUGAAUUAGUUCUGCAUGCUGAUAAACAUCAGUGACAGGUUCCCACUGGAUAAACCCGGUGACCUCUUUCACACAUUUUCUUUUCCUCGUGCAGGUUGUUCUCUGUGUUCUUCAAGCUAACUUACAUUCAGAGCUUUUUUUUAGCUUAUUAACAUCAUUCUAGAAUAAUUAAAGCAGCACAAUAACCUUGAAUUUUAAACAUUACAAAUGAGUGCAAGUCAAAGCUCCCUGACUGUAUUAAGAUGAAUGAUUCGAGAGAGAAAUUUCAAGGGAAAAGGGCAGUGAAGUGUUGAGAGAAGUCAGUUGUAUUUAGCAGAUUUCUUUUAUUUUCAUGCCACUAGGCUGUAGAUAUUUUCAGGGACGCUUCCUCUGAUAAACGUCACCUUUUUUGUUGGUUGCUUUCAGCUGAUUCAAAGCAGAUGAUCUAAUUUUGCUCAGCCGUGCACAUCCAGCGCCUCGCUCUCCCCCGGCUCAUCUUUUAUCUGCUCACUCGGAUCUAGCCCGUUCUCCCCUUUGUCUUGUCGUGCCUCUGUCACAAAGACACACGCGCACACACACACACACACACACACACACACACACACACACACA